GUCUAGAGGAAAAUUACACUAGAAAAGCUAAAAAGGAUAUUUUUCGGAUAUGUCGCAAUUAUGCUCCUGAAGUUCAUCCUUUUGAGAAGGGAAGGGAAUACAUACGAGCUCUAAAUUCCGUCAAGUUAGAAAAAAUAUUUGCUCGUCCUUUUAUUAGAGCUCUUGAGGGACACCGUGACGGCAUCCAUUGCUUGGCUAAAGACAUUGGAAAUCUCCAAACCAUUAUUUCUGGAUCUUGCGAUGGUGAAGUCAAAAUAUGGAAUCUUGGUACUAUGAAAAAUAUUUGGUCAGUACAAGCUCAUAAAGGCUUCGUACGUGGCGUCUGUGUAUCUCCUCGUGGGGACUACUUUCUAACGUGUUCGACUGACCAAACUGUUAAGAAGUGGCCUAUUCAGCAGCACUUUUCGGGAAAGCUGUCUGAAGAUUGUGGCGGAAGUGAUCAGCUGCCUCAGUACACGUGGUUGUCUGACCAGGCUUUUACCUCUUUAGACCAUCAUCGUCGCAGAAAUAUAUUUGCUACGGGAGGAGCACGUGUUCAGUUGUGGGACGAACACCGCUCUGCUCCGAUGGAUACUUUUGAGUGGGAUUCUGCUACAGACACGGUGACAAGCGUCCAGUUUAACCCCGUGGAGGUAGAAAUAUUGGCGAGCAGUGGCUCGGAUCGUUCGAUUUGUCUUCAUGAUUUGAGAAUGGCAACGUCUAUUAAGAAAGUUAUAUUAACUAUGAGGACGAACCACAUAGCAUGGAACCCUAUCGAGGCCUUUAAUUUUACGGCUGCUAAUGAAGACUCGAAUUGUUAUACUUUUGACAUGCGUCGGCUGGAAAGUGCUCUUAACGUGCACAAAGACCACGUGUCCGCCGUUCUUUCUAUUGACUAUAGUCCUACGGGCCGAGAGUUUGUUACUGGCUCUUACGACCGAACCAUACGAAUAUUCGAGUAUAAUAAGGGACACAGUAGAGAAAUUUAUUACACAAAACGCAUGCAGCGCGUUUUUUCGGUUCUUUGGACUUUUGAUGCAAAAUUCGUGCUUUCCGGAAGCGACGAAACAAAUAUUCGUGUUUGGAAGGCAAAAGCUGCAGAAAAACUCGGAUCUGUAAGUCCUCGUGAACAAACGGCAUUGAAUUAUUGUGAAAGACUGAGAGAAAGAUAUCAGCAUCAUCCGGAAAUAAAAAGGAUUCGGCGGCACCGGCACGUGCCGCGGUCUAUUAAAAAAGCCAAAGAGCUUAAAACUUUAAUGAUUCAAGCACAAAAACGUAAAGAAGAUAAUAGAAGGAUACACAGCAAGCCAGGAUCAAUCCCUCACACUCAAGAAAGAAAAAAGAAUAUUGUGGCUCUUAAAAAUUAA